AUGCUCAUGGUCACAUGCUCAUGGUCGCUUGCUCAUGGUCACAUGCUCAUGGUCGCUUGCUCCCACAUGCUCCUGCUCUCCCCUGCUCCACCUCCCUCGCCCCUUCCUAUUCCUGCUGCUGCCGCUGAUCAUGCGGCUGCUCCUCCCCUUCCCUCUCCUACCGACAGGAGGGGAGGGAUGGAGGAGAGUUGGCACAGUGGAAUGGGCGGUGGAGGAGGGAACACGGCGGGCAGUGCAGCUGCUUCGGCGCGAAGAGGAAGCAGAGCCGAGAUAGGACAGAGGGAGGCGGAUGGAGAGGAUACAGUGGCGCAGGGACGGGAAGGAAUGGGUGGGGCGGCUUUUGAUUCUCAAGAUCCACAUGUGGAGGAGGCAGUGGCGCGGGGAUUGCGGGGAAUGGCUAGCAGCAGUGCACCCCUUGUUCCUGCUGCCCCUUUUUCAUCACUUCCCUUUCCAUCCGCCACUCCCCCUUCCCCCCCACCACCACCACCUUCCCUCCCCCCUCCCUUUUCCAUUCCACCCCCCUCCUCAGCUAUCAGCAGUGCAUUCCGUGCGUCUGCUGCCUGUGUGCCCCCCGCCCUGCCGCUGCCAGCACAUGUGUCUGAGGGAGGGGCGGCCUUGCCCUGCCCCGGCCACAGGCCUGGGCGGCAACAGGCAGGGCGGCAGCAGGUAGGGUGGCAGCAGGAAGAAAUGGAAGCUAGUGCGGGUGGGAGAGGGUGGAGGGCGGCAGCGGGUAGAAUGGAUGUUCGUGCUUCAAGGGAGGGCGAUGGUAGGGGGUGUGCUGGUGUGAUGUGUUGUGUGAAAGAAAGGAGGAAGAAGCGUUUGGUGGUGGGAGAGAGGGAGGAGGUGGAAGAGUGUGAGAUGCAGGAAGAGGAGAAUGAAGGGAAUAAGGCGGAGAAAGAAGAGGGAGGAGAUGAGAGAGAGGCAGAAAGGAUUGCGGAGGAAGAGGGAUUCAGGGAGGAGUGUGCAGAGGAGCAUUUGGGUGGGGGGAAGGGGUGGUGGCGGCAUGUGGUUGAGGCGUUGAGGGAGGAGGAGCGUGUGGGGGAGAGGGGUGUGGUGGAGGGGUGCUGGAAGGUGGGGUUGGGAGGCUGGGAGGGGCAGGAGAUGGAGGAGGGGCAGCAGGUGUGCGGGAGAGAGGAACGGGAUCAAGUGAAGCAUGAAGAGCAAGAGGAGUGGGUCCGAGCGGGGCGUUUGUUUACCUUUCUGCACGAGGAGAGGGGCAGCAGCAACGAGGGCAGUGGGGGGAGGCAGCACAGGGUGUGUGGGGCGUGUGGGUGCAACACUGAGAGGCAUGGCGUCCUGGUGGCACGACUGCUAUGUUCCCUCGGUAACCCUCCUGCUGAGACUAGUUGCACUUUUUCAGCCCUUCCCAUCCCUUCCCUCACGCCCUCACUCAUGGCGACCCGGACUAUUUCAUCCAUGACUCAUGGCUCAAUCUCAUCCAUUUCAUCCCUCCUCCACUUGUUAUGGCAUCUCCCUACCCCCGUUCCUCAAUCUUCUCACGUGCACCCCUCCUCCCCUGUGGUAUUUUCCCUCUGCCCCAUCACUUUUUCCCAUUCCUUCCUAAUUUUAUCCAUAUUCCUGCCCCAUUGUCGUCUCCCUCUGCCCAAACACACACCUCCCCCUUGGGGAGGAGGGGGAGUGUGGGAGGCGGAGAAGCGGGAGGGGCAGGUGGUGAGUGGAGUCACCCAGGGGCACUUGGGUCCAAAGGCCGCAAGGGGAGGGGGGGUGUGGGAGACGGAGGAGAGGGAGUUACAGCGGGGGGACGGGGGGAGGACAGGGAGAAGGAAGGAGGGGAGUGGUGAGAGGAAGUGGGAUGCUCCUGAUGUGGAGAGUGAGGGAGAUGAGGGUGAAGGGGAGGAGAAGUGGGAGGAGAAAAGGGAGGAGAGGGAGGAGGACAGAGAAAGGGCUAGACAUGAGCAAUGA